AUGACGGAAACGGGCUCUUUGGACGUGUCCCAGUUGGAAGAGCUCAGCAAAAACUCUUCGGAGGAAAUUAAAUCUUUUUUUAUUGCAUGGAACGCCAAAAACGCGGCUCAGAGCGUUUUUGGCGGCGUCGAUUACUUUGCACGUCAGGUUUUUUUUUUCUUUUCUCAGAGAUCUAAGGAAUGAAACUUUCUCAGGAAGUGGCCAAAAUAAUCGAAUCAAAAAGUGAGGAUUCCGAUUUGGCGCCUUUUCUUCUAGAAACAAUCCGAAUACUGUCCCGCCAGCAAACGUCCUUGGAUGUGAGUUUCACCUUAGAAAAUAAAACCCAUAAAACAAAUUGCAGACUCUGCUCACCAACGAUGUCUGCAAAUACAUAACAGACCAUGCAGGAUUCACAGAAUCUCAGAAGAUUUUCGUGAAAAUCCCGAGUAAGUUUGAAUUUUUUUUUCUUAAUGUUUGCGAUGUUUCAAGGUGCGAAAGAGGCAUCGAAAUGCUUGAUAAACACGCUGUUUCAUUCAGCCAAAAUGCGAUCACACUUUGAAAAGUUAGUUUUCUUUGAACUUUUGUAACUUUUCAUUUAUAGUUCGAAGACCUUUAGGGCGUUUAGGUCCCUCCAUUAUAUUUUCUGUCAUUUUCAGAAACAUUAUAGAGAAAAAAAAGUAGCAGAUCAAUCAAGAUUCUGCUUCGGUUUUCGUCUGUAACACGCAAAAAAGUCUAACUUUUCAGUUACUUUUCUUUUGAAAGAAUAUUUUUUCUAUUUAAUUACAGGACAGGCUGCCAUUCGAAAUUGCAAAGUCGCCUGUCAGAAUUCGCAGCGGAGAAAUUUUCUGUUCUGAAAUGGCUGGAAGGGGCUCCUGAAGAAGAAGUCGAAGAUUUUUGGUACAUGGAUCUGCGUCUCUCUUUCAUCUCCACGGCUUAUUCUGGCUCUUUCCAGGUUUCAAAAUACGGAUGUUGAACUUUUUAUCUCUUUUCGUACUUUUCACUGCGUUCUUGAUUGUUUGGAUUUUUAGAUGAGUUUUUCACUAUUGAAUCUCGUAAGUUUUUAUUAUAGUCUUUUUGUCAACAUUUUUUUUAAAUUUUUUUCAAUCAUUUAUCGAGCUUAUGUGCCAAUUUUUGUUUCGUUAUAGAUUAUGGACGCUCCCUAGUAAAUGUUUUGAGCAGAAAAUAAUUACAAAAAUGAACUGAUUUGUUUGUUUCAAUUUUGAAUUUUCCAGUCGGCUUGGUCGAAUGAUGAGAAGGCGAUAUCCGUCCUUUGUGAACCUGUUAAAAUUGUUCUGAAAGAGGAUAACCAUGGUUUUUGACAUUGCCUAAGUUAAAAUGUUCUAUUUUUUAUAGGUUCUGCGUCGCAGAAAGAAAGAGCGAUGGAGAGCUUGAAAACUUUGUUCAACAUACUUUGUCAUGCCAACGAAAGCGUUCUUUCAGAGGUUUUCGAAUUUGCUUUUCUCAAUUAUUUAUUCCCAUUUCUUCCAGAAUCAAGUUAUUGAGCUGAACCUAAUGCUUCACGACGCUUUCAUGACGUCGGAUGAUGAAAAGGUGGAACAGGCCGUUGUGAACGUCUUUUCGACGCCGCCAGUUCAUCCGCAUCUUCCCACGCUUUGUCCCAAGGUAGAUUGAGAGAGUCUAAAUUAUCUUCGUGGGAACUCAGAUAUUACUUUCAGAAAUAAAAGGCAUUUUCUUUCUCUACCGGCUUUCCGAAUUUAAUUUUUUGAAUUACAGGAAAAUUUAAAGAAAAAGAGGACAGCUUUAUAAGAAAUCUAGCUUCAAAUUUUUCAAAGCAUGGGGUGUUGUAAUAAUUAACAUUUUCUCUCAAUCUAUCAAAGAUUUUUUUGCUUUUUACGGUUGUUAUUAUGAAGGAUGCAAAAAUAUUUGAAAUGAGGCAAAGGAUUUCAAGGGAAUGCUCGACUAGUAUUAUAGAUUUCAAAUGAUAAUUUAUCAUGACUAGGAGUUUGUUGGAAAUUUUUUUCUGAUGAGAUUUAUUCCACGUACGGCGCUUCAAAGUUAGUUCGUUUGAAAUAAUUUUUAUGAAAAUUUCCUGUAAAAUAAUGAGAAUAGGUGUGAAAUUGAGAUUUUAAACUCGGCCGUGUUCAGCGUAGCGAAUCAGCUGCCGACGUGACGACUGAGACGACCGAAAAAGAGUUGGCGGAGAAGUACGAUUUCUCGUAUACGGAGAAACUUCUCCAACGGCUCGAAUCCAAGCUGGACAGUGUUAGUUAUUAGCCUUGAUCAUGUUUUCCAAAGACUAGCCUGUUCUGCAGGACUCAGAGAACUCGAAAAUGACCGACGGGCUUCUGGAAACGUAUCUGACUGCUUUGAUCCGUCUCUGUUCUUAUUCGAAGCCUGCACGACGGUUCUGUCGUCUUAAGGUAGCAGUAUUCCGACUCCUUGUAAAAAUCACUGUUUGAAUAUUUCGAUAUAUAUUUCUCUCGGAUACCUAGAACAACAUGAGAUACUAUUAAAGGGACAUAGCUUUAGCGAGAAUAAUAUAAGAGUGAAACGAGUACCGGUUUUAACCAGUUAAUUUACCGGUUUAGGAAAUGAAACACGUAAAAUGAUUUUAUAUUCAAAAAAAAGCUGAAAAAAUAUGAAAAGCACUAGUUUUUGCGAACAUUUUGGAAAUUUAGAUUCUACCGCCUCUGAAAAAGUCGGACGUUCUGGUGGGACCGGAGCUUGGCACGACGAUUCGGAACAAGCUGGUCAGGGUGAUGACUCAGGCGACUUGCGCCAAGGAACUCACUUCCGAGUUCCUUUUCAUCCUCUGCAAACGAUCAGGUCAUUUUCAUUCAUUUGAAAAAGUUGCGAGAAGAAAGAAACUGAGAAAAUAUUUACUGUUAUUUUUUUAUCGAAACAUUUUUUUCUAUUUUUUUCAUUGAUACUCCAAAAUUAUUCAUAAAAAAAUCUUCUAUGAAGACAGCAAUUGUGCUCCAGUGAACUCUUGAUAGCCGAAACUAUCGUUUUUUUUGUGCGCUUUUCAAAAACAUCUGGAAUGAUAGGGAUGAAAGUCACUGAAAUUUGUCGAAAAUGGUGAUAAUCCCAUUCAGACUUCUCUUGAAAAAUUACGAAAUUAUUCUUUAUUAUAAUUGAUGAAUUUUUCUAAAAGUCGGAAAAAAAUCAACUUUUCAGUCCCACGUUUGAUCAAAUACACUGGAUUUGGACAUUCGGCAGGAUUGUUGGCCAAUUCUGGCCUUUUGGGACAAAUCAACUCCGCCAGACAGAAUUCCGACAGCGAGGACAGCGAAACCGAAGAUUAUAAUGCCGUCCGUCAAAGGUUUUUUCUCGAUUCCUCUUCCUUUUCUCAUCCUUUUUUGGGCUUUCCAAAUUUUAGUUGAAGAAGAAAGGCCGCAAAAAGGUAGCCUAAAUGUCCUUUUAUGCGGCCUUUUUGUAGCUUCUUCAUUUUUACCUUUUUACUACCGUUUCGGACUUUGCACGAGCACAAAAAGUUGAAGAGUGUGUUGCUUUAAAAAAAAUGUUUCUAAGAAACCAUCUUUGUUCUCAAUAACACUGAAGUUGUGAAUUGAAGUGUGAAUCCGGUAACUGGAACGUUGUACGCGGCGGACAGAGGAUCUGCUCUUGCGGGAAUGAGCGAAGAACAGAAAGAAUACGAAGCGCUGAAGCUCGUCGAAGCCAUGCAUCGCAUGAUGGACGCUGGUAAUUUGAAAAACUCAUUCUGCCGAGAUUCUCUAUCUCUUGAGGUCUGGUGAAGCCGGGGACAAUUGGCGAAGACGGGAAAGUCCGCGAAGUUUCCCAUGUCCUCGAACUAGCCAAAGACGUGGUCAACGAAUCUUCCGAUGAAGACUAA